CGAUGACCUUGGAAAGCGGCUGCUUUGUAUUGGACGUGGCGCCAAACGGUCAGGUUUUAAAAUUUGGCGAGCGAGCCGGAGCCGGAGCGGAGUAGAGUAGGAGCGGGCGGCGGUGGAAGCCAAUCUGGUAUGAGUUUGCAUUUGGAUGAAAACAGUUAUUUGGACCUUCAAGGCUCCACUAUAAUGGAUGAACAGUGUAUCCCGUCAACACCGAUUGCAAACCCUGGGAAACCAACUCUUCGAGUAACAGAGAAGGAAAAUUUCCCUCCAAAAAGUUCAACAAAACUUUCCAAGGUGUCCUUCCAAACCCCUGCAAGAGACCCUGUUACACGGAAAAUAUUGAGUCCACAUAUCACCAAUGUUGCAUUUCAGAAAAUUGGAAACAAUGAGGAAAUUGCAUUGAACAUACAGGGUCCAGAAAAUCUUAAUGAGGAUAAAUGGCACAAAGAUUCUGGUGGAAGUUCUGAAGUAUUUAAUCUGCAAUCAGAAGAGCAAUUGAAACAAAAGACUAGCCAAUCUUUUGCCAACGAGGAACAAGUUCCAUCUCAUGGAGCAUAUACACUUGAUCUUGACAUGCUUGAUGCAAUAAAUCCAUUUCAAAGUAAUUCAAAAGUUAUGAAUUCGCCAGCUCAGAAACCGAGUGACAACGAGCUUGACUCUCGUGAGCAAAGUCUCAAAAUUACUCCAGUGAAUAGUCAAAUGCUUCUUGAGGAGACUGCAAAAAUGUCUUUAACCCCUCCCUAUAACAUUAAUGCAGAUCAGCGAAUGAACACAUCAGCAGACAUGCCUUUACAAAUGGAGUGUCAAAGCAACUACAUAGAGGAGGAUUCUGAGGUAAUUGUAUCUCAGAAGUUGAACAGCUUUGAGGGAGAUUGUCUUGAGAAGAUUGAUCUUUGCAAAAGUGAGGCAGCAGUGGAAAGUUUAGAACUUCCUGUAGAAAAUUCAUUGAAUCUCAACUGUGACAGCACAAGCUCUGACUCCCUUCUGACGGGAGUGCAAAAACCAGAGACUUCCCCAGUACUUAUUCUAGAUCUUGCAUCUGAAAAUGCCCAGAAAGCUGAUGCUGAUUCUUUGCAACCAGUAAAGUUGGAGUUUGCAUUUGAUGAUGAAGUGAAGAAGAAACCACCACCAAAGAAGUUGGGGAAAAGACCUGGAGGGCAGUUAUGCCCUAAGAGGUCCAAAGAAACUACAGAGAAAUCAGCGCAUAACAAAUCUGAAGAGCAGAUUAAGGAAGUUAUAAAACAGAAUGAAAUUCACCCUGAUGAACACUGCAAAUUGGAAGAACAGAGUAAGGAGGCUGUAAAAUUGAGUGAAACUGAUCCUGUAGUCCCAAAAUUUAACUACAGUGUUGACUGGGACAAACUAGAUGACCCAAAUUUCAAUCCUUUUGGUGGAAUUUCAAAAGUUAGUAAUUCUCCCAGCUCUAAGUUGCCAAAAGCCAACGCUGCAAAGCAAUUAUUGCAAGAUAAAGAAGAGAAUGUUGAGCCAUCUGCGGACAAAGUGGAUAUAUUGCAGAAGCCAGAAAGCACUCCAGGGGCAAAUGGAUCUACUAAAGGAAUUAAAGAGGUUCAGAAGCAACCUGUAAAGAAGAACACUUGUAAGGUUAAGCCGAUGAGGGAGGUCUCAGCAAUUCCUUUAUUUCAGGAGCCUCAAGUUUUUGCUAUUGGAGAUAUUAUUGAGUCCAUGCCAGUAUCUAAUCCUGAAAGGAGGAUUUCAGACAGAGUACAACCAUCGAGGUGUGAAGAAGUGACACAGGACACGAAAAAUCUUGAGUUCACCAUGGCAGGAAGCUCUGAAUUUCUCGAUGGCAUCAUUGAAGGCGAAGCUGAAGAAUUCAGACCAGCUGACCAAAUUCCAACAUUUAAUGAACCAAUUGAAGUUGACUACCUGGAGCAGUUUGGUCACUCACUGUUUCAUGCUUCUGCUUUGAGAAAGCAGUCUCUAUACCUGAAGUUUGAUCCUCUGUUGAGGGAAAGUCCUAUUAAGGUAACUGCUAAGCCCCUGGAAACUAAGCCCAAUGUGGCAGAUCCACCAACUGCAAGUAUUAUUGAUCUUGAAACCAGAUCUCUUGCUCUUCCUAAUGAAGAAACAGUGGAUACAGCUCCCUUAAUUCCUGAUGUGCAACCUAUUCUUAACGAUCCAGUGGCUGAUUUUGCACCUACUGUUUUUGCUGAAGAUACAAUUGUUGAUGUACUCAAAUAUAGCCAAAAAGACAUGGAUGCUGCAAUUCAAGCUGUGAAGCAAGAGGCAGAUGAGGCCAUAUCAGCUGUGAAGCAAGAGCUUGCUCGUCAGGAAGCUAUAACUUUGGAAUGGAAAAAGAAGCAUGAGGAAAAGCUUGUACAAUGUGAAGAAAUGAAGAAAAUUAUUGAUGGAUAUACUGAAUUGGUUUUGCAAAUGAACGAGGCAUCUAGCAAAAAGGUUGAAACGGCCAAGGCAGAAGUAGACAAAGUAACUGAAGAAAAACAGCAACUCUUAAAGGAUCUGAAUUCAGCUGAAAUAUCAUUUUCUGAACUAUUCAAACGAUUUGAAAAACAGAAAGAAGCAAUUAAUGGUUACAUAAAGAAUGAAGAGAUACUAAAGAAAUGUUCUCAAGAUUAUCUUGCAAGGAUUAAGAAGGAAGAACAGAGAUACCAGGCUCUAAAAGCUCAUGCUGAAGAAAAAUUGAAUCAAGCAAAUGAAGUGAUUGCGCAAGUUCGCAAUAAAUAUACAGCAGAAAUUGCUGCAGUCGAGGCUCAUCUGCGGAAGGAGCAAAUGAAAAUUAAUUCCUUGGAAAGGAGUCUGGAAGAUAAGACUAAAGAAAACUUGGAACUGUCAAAGAUCUGCGAUGAACUAAUUUCUAAUAUGAAAAAGAACUGAUUUCCCUGUGUCUUGUAAAUAUAGCUUAGUGACAAGAUAUGAACUUCCUUUUAUAACUAAAUUACUAGAGAAAUAAAGUUUAAUAUUUUA